AUGCAUUUCUCCAAGUCCCUCCUCCUGGCUCUCGUCGCUGCCGUCUCCGCCCAGGACGUCGGCUCUGCCAUUGAUUCCGCCAUCUCCGGUGCCACUUCGGUCGCUGGCGACGUAACGUCGGUGGCAGCCUCGAUCGCGUCAGACGUGACCUCGGUCGGAGGGGACGCAACUUCGGUGGCUGGCUCCAUUGCUUCAGAUGCCACCUCGUUCGGAGCUUCGGUCGCUACAUCCGCCGCCUCAUUAGCCACGUCCAUCGCCAGCGCUGUCCCCUCGGGCGUGAGCUCCAUCGUCUCCCAGGUGACCUCGGACGCCGCCUCCGUCGCUUCCGAUGCCGGUUCCGUGGUUUCCAGUCUGUCAUCCGAGGCCGCCACCGCCGCUCCCUCCGCCCAGAGCAGUCUCUCAAGCCGCAUCAGCAGUGUCCUGGCCAGUGCCAGCUCGCGUGAAACCAGCAUCGCGAGCAGUGCCGGCGCAGCAGCAACCUCCUUCUACACUUCUGCCACUGGUACACUUGGAAGUGUCACCUCGUCCGCCGCAAGCAGUGCAUCCGCCGCCGCCACCAGUGCAAGUGGGAAUGGAGUCGCUACUGGUUAUGUUGUUCCCGCAGCCGGAGUCAUGGGCAGCCUGUUGCUGGGCGUGGUCGCUCUCCUCUGA